ACACCCACAUGAAAAAGGAUUAAAGAGAUCGAUUAUUUAGUGAGAGAAUGGAGAAGAAGUGUGGGUGUUGGUCAGUUCUAAGGCGCAGUGUUAGCAGUGGUUCUUGUAAACCCUCAGUUGAUUCAAGAAGAAACUCUGCAGCUUCGUUCCCCAGAACCAGUCUUGUUUAUGAUGCAGCAACAGAAACCCGUUACUUGAAUGCUAGCAACCGGGAGAUGUGUGCUCCUCACGAGCCUCAAAACUCUUCGGAUCCGAACCCGAAUCAAGAGUUGGCUCAAUCCGAUAAGAAGCCAUGCCAACUUCUUCAGUUUAGUUUCCACGAAUUGAAAUCGGCUACCGGGAAUUUCAGACCCGAUAGCAUUUUGGGCGAAGGGGGAUUCGGGUUCGUGUUUAAAGGGUGGAUCGAGGAAAAUGGCACAGCCCCGGCUAAACCUGGGUCCGGCCUCACCGUCGCGGUCAAGAGUUUGAAGCCAGAUGGUCUUCAAGGCCAUCGAGAAUGGGUGGCUGAAGUCGAUUUUCUUGGACAACUUCAUCAUCCAAACCUUGUGAAGUUGAUCGGAUAUUGCAUCGAAGACGAUCAGCGACUGCUCGUUUACGAGUUCAUGACUCGUGGAAGCCUUGAAAACCAUCUCUUCAGAAGAACCAUACCUCUCCCGUGGUCUAACCGGAUCAAAAUAGCGACGGGUGCAGCCAAAGGGUUAGCCUUUCUCCAUGGAGGGACCGAGCCCAUUAUUUAUCGGGAUUUCAAGACGUCGAAUAUCUUGCUUGAUACCGAAUAUAACGCGAAGCUUUCGGAUUUCGGUUUAGCAAAAGCGGGACCACAAGGAGAUAAAACUCACGUUUCGACUAGGGUUGUCGGAACUUACGGCUAUGCCGCUCCAGAAUACGUGAUGACAGGGCACUUGACAUCUAAAAGCGAUGUUUACAGCUUUGGAGUCGUACUUCUUGAGAUAUUGACGGGUCGGAGAUCAAUGGACAAGAAACGUCCGAGCGGAGAGCAAAACCUUGUUAUGUGGGCCCGCCCAUAUCUAGCCGACAAGCGAAAAGUAUACCAAUUAGUCGACCCUCGUUUGGAGCUAAACUACUCCGUGAAAGGAGUCCAAAAGGUUUCUCAAAUAGCAUACAGUUGUCUGAGUCGGGACUCAAAGGCCCGACCCAGUAUGGACGAAGUCAUUAAGGCCCUGAGCCCGUUACAGGAUCUAAACGACUUCGCCAUUUUAUCUUACCAUGCUCGUAUGUCGCAACAAAGUAGGCGUAAAAAGAAACAACCUGAAGGGGCUCAAAACGCUACUCGUAAUCAAUCCAAGUGGUAUAACGAGCCCCCGAGGAAUUCUGGUAAGCAACACUGUAAAUAGAAAUCGUCUGUUUUUUUUAAUGAAUUUGCGAACGAAUUUAUUCGAAGUCGAGAACUCUUGGUGUAAUUUUUGGGGUGUCAAAUAUUUGACAAAGCUAAUGAUGGAUUGAAGAGUUGUAAAUUGUGCAUC